UCAUAAGACGGGGAACGUACGGUUGUUGCCGGAAGUGACUCGUGACCUCGUUUCCGGUGUAGGGGGCUGAUGUGUGAGUCCAUAACGGUCUGAGAGGGCGCCUGGGGAAGGGGAGCGGAGCUCUGUUUCGUCCUGAGGGGGGAUGGCGCUGUGGCCCCCUCGGGCGCCCCGGGAGUUCUGCCCCAGGCCGGAGGAAGACCUGCCCAGGCCGAACGCCCAGGUCUACAAUCAUGGGAUCGAACUGGCAUGUCAGCAGCAAAAGGAAUUUGUAAAGAACUCAGUGGAAUGCAAGUGGAAUUUAGCAGAGGCCCAACAGAAACUGGGCUGUUUAGCGCUACACAAUUCUGAAUCCCUGGACCAGGAACGUGCCAAAGAACAAACUGAAGUUGCCGAGUUAAAAUGGAGGGAAGAAGAGUGGCGGCGAAAGGAAGAAGUGUUAAGGAAAGAGGAAAGACAGGAUAUGUGGAACACUGACUUUGAUAGCAAGGAAGUAUUUAAUAAGAGUUUCAUUAAUCAGAGGAAAAGAAAAGAAACAGAAGAUGAUGUAUCUAAAUCAUUCAUGCAAAAACAUGAGCAGAAAAUUAGACACUUUGGCAUGCUGAACAGGUGGCUUGAUAGCCAGAGAUUUCUUUCUGACCACCCCUACCUUGUCUGUGAAGAAACAGCUAAAUAUCUCUUCUUAUGGUGUUUUCAUCUAGAAGCGGAACAGAAAGGAGCUCUGAUGGAACAAGUAGCUCACCAAGCAGUGGUGAUGCAGUUUAUUAUAGAAAUGGCCAAAAGCUGUAAUGUGGAUCCACGAGGAUGCUUUCGUCUUUUUUUCCAAAGAGCUAAUACAGGGGAAGAAGGCUAUUUGGAGGCUUUUAAAAAUGAACUUGAAGCAUUCAAAUCAAGAGUAAGGAUUUGUUCGCGAUCACAAAACUUUCAAACUGCACCUCAGCAGAACCCCCCAUUUCAUCCUGAUCUGAAUUGUAUAGGAGGGCAUGCAUCUCUUUCACAGAACGUAGACUCGCUUCACGGCUGCAAUUCUAACUCCAUGGUACACAGAGAGGACGAAGAACCCAAAAUGAUGGAUACAGUAUAGUGUUUCCAAGACUUCAGCCAAUAGCUUUUAUUAAAAAGAGAAGAAUGUGGUGACUUUCUUGAGACAUUUUUCUGGGUGCUGCACUUUAUUUUGAGUGUUUGUUGUUUGGCGAGAAGUUAACCUGGAAACACUCUUGACUUUUUGUGUAGAAAACAUGCUGCUAUGGGUUUUGUUUUGUUUUUUCAUUUUUAAACAAAAAGGUUUUCUGUAUGUCGAGGAAUGUGAAACUGGAUAUUUUAUGCUACUACUAAACUUUGCCUUUUUAAUUUUAGGAAUCAAAGUAUAAAAAAGAUCUACAUAUUUGCAAUGUUUACAGUUGAUUGAUUCUUGGUUGAAUCUGCUUUAAUCUAAUAGAUAUGCCCAUGUCCUACUCUGGAUGCAAAAACCAGUGUAAUAUGUUCUACUGCUUGUAUAGUCAGUGUUUAAAUCUGAUUUUAUCACGAAUAGCAAUAAAACAAUGGUAGCUAUUAGUACUGCAUAUCUGCUUGGCUCAGAUAAAGGUGCUGGUAUUUCAGUUCUACUAGAAGGAUGAGAUUUUUUCCGGUUUGAACUUUCCUCUGACACUUGUCUGUUUUGAUGUGUAAAUGAUGGUUAUCUUGAAUUAAGUAUCAACAGUAUUGUUAAGAGCUUUUAAGGAGUAUAAAACAUAUUUUCUAGAGACAGGAAAACUUUACGAUAGCACUGUUUGACAAAUAUCAAGUAUCCAGAUUGACAAGAAUUCAGUACAACUUGGUUACCUUUGUGACCUUCAGAAUAUUCUUUUAUAAUCAUGAUGAGCACUUAAGAAAAUUCAGGUGCCAAACUGACUGAACCUAUUUUCAGUGAUAUGUGAAUGUGAGGCUUAAAGUGUCCUAUCAGUAUGCUUUUUAGUGCUUCAGGUCAUACUAGCAGAAGACUGUUUUGAAAGCUAAAAGCAAAUUCUUGAGAAGUUUGGUUUCUAAUAUAUGUCAGUGUAGACCAGGCAUGGGCAAAUUUGGGCCCUCCUGGUGUCUUGGACUUGAACUCCCACAAUUCCUAACAGCCGGUAGACUGUUAGAAAUUGUGGAAGUUGAAGUCGAAGAGGCUAGAAUGGCCAAAGUUUGCCCAUGCCUGUUGUGGACUCUGUUGCCUUCCUCUUCUAUGUUGCUUACAUCAUGCUAGGUUCUACUAUGUAGUCACGUUUUAUGUUGAGUGCCACUUCUGAUGAAGUCACUCUUCAUCUGCAGUGAGGAGAACAUGUUGAGAAAAUGAAUGUGUUAUUUUACUCUGUCCAUUCAAGAAGUUUUCCCAAUUCAAUCCUGAGGUAUCUUGGGUUGAACCAGUUUCCAAAUUGGGAAGAUGGUAUAGAUUUUGAUUUUUGGUUGUUUUUUUAAAAAAUAUGAUCUUUUUUUUUUACCCAGCUAUGAUAUCAGAACCUUUUUUGUACCCAGCUAUGUAAAGAACCAUAGAAGCCAGAGAUAUUCACAAGUUGUGCCCAAUUGAGGCUUCUUUGUUUUCUCAUCAACCCAGAAUGCAUCAACCCCUAGAAUUAAUACAGCUUGACACCUCUUUAACUGUCUUGGCUGAGUGCUAUGGAAUCCUGGGAUUUUUAGUUUUCUGAUCACCAGCACUCUUUAGCCAAGAAAAUUAAAUACUUUGUAAAAAUACAACUCCCAUGAUUUUAUAUCAUUGAGUCCUAGCAGUUAAAGUGGUGUAGAUGCACCCCAGGAAAGAAACUCGUUUUUAAACACAACAAAAGUUUCAUAAUAGGAAUUAUUAUGAGAGGAAACAAUAGCCAAACCUCAAGCCACAGUUCUGGGAUUUACACAAUUUGUUUAAAAUGUGGCAUAUGUAUGGAACAUAAUUCAAUCUUGAAAGCUUUCUGGUUAAAAAAAAAAACCCUGAUAUGUUGGGUCCAUAUACUACUGUGGCCUAGAACUAAACAUUUGAUGGGGAGAAGUCAUUUCUUUAGGUGUGGCAGUUAUUAAACCCAAUUUAUUGCUAUGGAAAUCAUACAUGGAUGUUGUUAGCUAAGGAUGGAAGGAAAUCAUGACUAGUAAUUGUAUCCUUUGUCUGAAGACAGCAGCAGAUGCUCAGACCAGGAUUGUCAAAAUUGUACAAUAAUUUCUGGGGAUUUUAUAUAAAUGACACUGACUGCAUGGAGGAGAAAUGCUUUUUCUAUGUAAGGAAAUGUGCAUUGUGUCGUAGCCUCCUUCAGCUAUCUUGCCUGUAUAUUAAAUAAAACAUGUUAAAUUUUA